AAUUUAAAUGUGGAAAUUUUCACAUGUUGGUUUCAUUUUGUUUUCGUUGAAAUUAAUUUAAUUGUUGUGAUUGUUUUCGAAUUCUUUUUGGUUAAUAAUUGUUUUCUUGAUUGUUCUAUUGUUGGUGAAGUUUGAAAAUGAUUCGUCAACAACAGAGAUUAAGGCGAGAAUAUUUAUUCCGAAAAUCGGUUGAGGAAAAAAAAAGAUCUUCAGAGGAGAAGAAGAAGAAAAUUAGAGAAGCCUUGGAAUCGAAUGAACCAAUUCCAACUGAGCUUAGACGUGGUGCUAUUUCUUUAAGUAAAGUUGCCGAUUUAGAUGAUGAUGGAGGUGAACAGGUUACAAGCCAUGAAGAUGAUGAAUAUCGAUGGGCUGGUGUCGAAGAUCCCAAAAUUGUUAUUACAACUUCACGUGAUCCAAGUUCACGAUUGAAACAAUUUGCCGCUGAGAUGAAGCUACUUUUUCCUAAUUCUCAAAGAAUCAAUCGUGGUAAUUAUGAUGUUAAAAAGUUAUUUGAAGCCUGUAGGAGUAACAAUGUAACCGAUUUUAUUGUUGUCCAUGAGACUCGUGGUCGCCCUGAUGGUUUAAUUAUCUCUCACCUUCCCUUUGGUCCAACUGCUUACUUUCAAUUGGCUAAUGUUGUAAUGAGACAUGAUAUCCAGGGGAUUGAUAAAAUGUCGGAAGCUUAUCCACAUCUCAUAUUCCAUGAAUUAACUUCAAAAUUAGGUAAAAGGAUAACCAAUAUAUUGAAAUUUUUAUUCCCAGUUCCAAAGGAAGAUAGUAAAAGAGUAAUCACUUUUGCAAAUGUCGAUGAUUAUAUUUCAUUUCGCCAUCAUACUUACAAAAAAGUGGACGGUAAAAUUGAAUUAACGGAAGCUGGUCCAAGAUUUGAGAUGAAAUUGUACCAAAUUAAACUUGGAACUCUGGAAAACGAAGACAUCGCUCAAACUGAAUGGACACUUCGACCUUACAUGAAUACGGCAAAGAAACGUAAACUACUCAGUGUCGGACAAAUCUAAUCAAUCAACUAAAUUAAUCUUCUAUUUUCAUGUUCACCCUGUAAUAAGCAAUAACCCAUACAUGAUGUGACAUUAAUUUCCAUCAUGAUUUAAAUUAAUUCACUCUGAUUGUUAUCCUACCAUCUCUAAAUCAAUUGAUUACCUGAGCCUUUCUCACCUCUUGUUUAUAUUACAAUUCACCCAACCAAAUAAACACUGAAUUGUUGAUUAACAAUCAGAUGAAUUAAUUGAAUACCUAA